CCCCCGAAAGCUCCCGAGGUCACGCAGGCCUGGCCUGCUCCGGGCCACCCUGGAUUCACCGGGGAGCCCCUGUUGCUUCUCCGUCCCCAUCCCCUCCCCAGAGCUGUUUGGCCAGGCCUGUGGUGCUGGAAUGCGAUGGACUUUGGGGUGGUCUGAGAACUGGCUUAAGAUGCAGGUGCCUGGUGUCCCAAAUAUGCUAGGACUGGGCCUCUAACAGGCUCUGGAGGGGGUGCUGACACCCUGGUUCUGCGCUUUAGGAAACCCUGAGAUGGGAAUCCUGAGGUGAAUACCCUCAGAGGAAGGGUCCCCACAGGAUGUAGGGUGUCUUCCAGGCAGGUCCCUGCGGGGAUCCCUCCCCCAUCCCCUCACUGUCCCAGCGACUGGAGGGCACACUUCAGACGACUGCUCCCUCACGGUUCUGCGACUGAUUCACUCCCUGCUGGGUAUGGUAUCAAGUUUGAUACACUGUGGCUUCCUCUCAAAAUCGAACUCCUCUUUUGUGUUCUUGUUUUUGUUUCUAUUAUAACAUUAUAGCAACACAACAGCCCUUUCUCUCCCCACACACACCCUUGAGACCACUGCACUUUGUGUGUUCUUUCAGUUACUGCUCAGAACACUGUUAUAUAUUACUUGCUCUGUAACAGCGUUUAUUGGGGGAUCUGUAUGCCAGACACUGGGCUGAGCCUUCCCUGAGGUAUUACCGGUCCACAAACUCCUGUGGCUAGGUGUGUUUCUGAAUUCAACAUGUCUGAUUUUAGAAAGCUAAUAGGGCACACAUAUCAUUUAUAUGUAACACCACCUGUGGGCCUAGGGCAUUAUCCCAUAAUCAAACACAUUAAGAUUUCCAUCAAGAAAUAUAUGAAUAUUCACACUUGGAAAAAUAAGUUAAGUCAGAGUUUUCUCCUCAGUGAUUUUUGCAUGUAGAAAUCCAGUUGUUCCAGCACCAUUUAUAGAGAAGACUUCUUUCCUACUGAAUUUUUUGUCACCCUUGUCAAAAUCAAUUGACCAUGAAUGUCAGGGUUUAUUUCAUAAACUCUCAGUUGCAUGCCAUUGAUAUGUAUAUAUGUCUGUCCUUCAGACAGACCAGAAUACCACUGUUUUCUGAUUGCUGUAGCUUUGAAAUCGGGAAGUGCAAGACUUCCAAGUUUGUUUUGACUAUUCUGGGUGCUGUGAAAUUCCAUAUGAAUUUUAGGAUCAGUAUCUCAAUUUCUGCAAAGAAGCCCGCUGGGAUUCUGAUUCUGAUUUUACCGAAUCUGUAGAUCAAUUUGGAGAGUGUUGCCGUUUGAUCCAUAGUAAGUAUUUGGAUCUACGAAUGUGUAAUGUCUUUCCAUUUAUUUAGGUCGUCUUUAAUUUCUUUGAGAAGCUGAGGGAAGAAUAGAAAGCAAGUAUACAUGUAUAAUAUUUGUUAUAUUGACCUUCUUAUCACUUCUGUUUCUCUUCAUUUGUUCCUGUGGCAGGUUUCCAUCUGGUAUCAUCUUCUAGUUCAGUAGAGUUCUGUUCCUACCUGCCUCUUUUGGGCUAACACAGGUGCUCGGUGUCCCUGUGGUCUCCAUGUUUAAAGUAAAACGUGUGUGCGGGGUGGACGUGGCUCUCUUCCGAAGCCUCUUUGGGGCCACAGGACCAGGCACUGUUUGAGUGGACACGCUGCUCUGUACUGUGCACCUCAGGGGCUCCUGUGCUGGCCAUGCCUGUGCCCACGGAGGGCACCCCUCCAUCUCUGAGUGGUAUCCCAGUCCCAGCCUACUUCCGCCAUGCAGAACCUGGCUUCUCCCUCAAGAGGCCUGGGGGGCUCAGUCGGAGCCUCCCACCCCGGCCCCCUGCCAAGGGCAGCAUCCCCAUCAGCCGCCUCUUCCCUCCUCGGACCCCGGGCUGGCACCAGCCCCAGCCCCGGAGGGUGUCAUUCCGAGGCAAAGCCCCUGAGACCCUGCAGAGCCCCUCAUAUGACCCCAGCCGGCCGGAGUCCUUUUUCCAGCAGAGUUUCCAGAGGCUUGGCCGCCUGGGCCACGGCUCCUAUGGAGAGGUCUUCAAGGUACGCUCUAAGGAAGACGGCCGACUCUAUGCCAUAAAGCGCUCUAUGUCACCAUUCCGGGGCCCCAAGGACCGGGCCCGCAAGCUGGCCGAGGUCGGCGGCCACGAGAAGGUGGGGCAGCACCCGCGCUGUGUGCGGCUGGAGCAAGCCUGGGAGGAGGGCGGCAUCCUGUACCUGCAGACAGAGCUGUGUGGGCCCAGCCUACAGCAGCACUGUGAGGCCUGGGGCACCGGCCUACCUGAGGCCCAGGUCUGGGGCUACCUGCGGGAUACCCUGCUUGCUCUGGCUCACCUCCACGGCCAAGGCCUGGUCCACCUUGAUGUCAAGCCUGCCAACAUCUUCCUGGGGCCCCGGGGCCGUUGCAAGCUGGGUGACUUUGGGCUGCUGGUUGAGCUGGGUACAUCCGGAGCUGGUGAGGCGCAGGAAGGAGACCCCCGGUACAUGGCCCCUGAGCUGCUGCAGGGCUCCUAUGGGACAGCGGCGGACGUGUUCAGUCUGGGUCUCACCAUCCUGGAAGUGGCAUGCAACAUGGAGCUACCCCAUGGUGGAGAGGGCUGGCAGCAGCUUCGCCAGGGCUAUCUGCCCCCUGAGUUUACUGCUGGCCUGUCUUCUGAGCUGCGUUCUGUUCUCACCAUGAUGCUGGAACCUGACCCCAAGCUGCGGGCCACAGCCUCGGCCCUGCUGGCGCUGCCCAUGCUCAGGCAGCCUCGGCCCUGGAGCGUUCUGUGGUAUAUGGCUGCCGAUGUCCUCAGUCGAGGGUGGGCCCUGUGGCAGGCCCUGCUUUCCUUGCUGUGCUGGUUCUGGCACGGACUAGCUCACCCUGUGAGCUGGCUGCAGCCCCCGAGCCCACCAGCCACCCCACCUGGCUCCCCACCCUGCAGCCUCCUCCUGGACAGCAGCCUCUCCAGCAACUGGGAUGAUGACAGCACAGGGCUCUCACUCUCUCCGGAGGCCGUCCUGGCCAGGGCUGCCGGGAACACCUCCACCCCCCGCAAUGGCUCCCCUGCCCCCCGGAACAGGUACUCACUGAGGGAUGCCCUGGACCUCAGUGACAUUGACUCUGAGCCCCCUCGGGGUUCCUUCCCCUCCUUUGAACCUCGGAACCUCCUCAGCCUGUUUGAGGACUCACUGGGCCCAACCUGAGGCUACAGGCCAGCCUUGGUGCUUUUAACCUUU